AUGAACGUUUUGCUCCCUAUACUGACAACAAAAGAACCGCUCACUUUCGUCGAUCGACGUAUAAUACACAAUGAUUCAAGUAAACCGAAAACUUCACCACCAGAUUGCAUGUCAACAACAGCAUUGCUAACCCUUCGAGGACUUGGGGCAGGUCUUGCCUGGACACUUGCCGUAGAUGCCUAUCUUUUGGCCAGUAUGCCAUCUAUCGAGUGGUCAAAACAAGUUGCGAACUGGAAUCAUUCCAGUUCCUUAAAGCGUGAGCUUGCAAAAUCAUUUGGAGGUCUUUGCAAGCGCAACAUGCUCGGCUUCGCAGGUUUCUUAGGGAUUUUUGCAGGUGUGAGUUGCAGUCUAGAGAUUGCACGCGGCAAAAACGAUCUUUUUAAUUCGUUUGCAGGUGGAUUUACGGCUGGUAUGGUAUUUCUGUGGCAGGAAGUACGCACUCCACGCGCACUACUGAUCUCGGCAUUGAUGUGUGGCUCAACAUCGAUGGUCCUACAUCAUUUUGUCCCUGCAAUGGGAGACAAUUCGAAUGAAGGUGCUCUUUCGUCGGAAUAUUCACAGUCUCAUGAUAGAAGUUGUAGUUAG